CUUCCGGUCGCCAUGGCGACAGGGCGCCUUGGGGUGGGGGAGACGCUGGAGGCCCUCAACGCAGCUGUGGGGCCGGGUACCGCGGUGUGGUUCAAGGAGACGCACGCCCGGCACCUGCGUGUCCGGGACUUCUUGGCGCCGCGAAGCGCGCUACAGGCGCGCUUCAGGGACGGGCAGGUGCCAGAGUGCGUGUUCCGUGCGGUCGCCUGCCUGCAGGGUCCGGGGGUGGCCCCUGUACUGCGCUGCGCGCCAACACCCGCGGGUUUAUCGCUCCAACUACAGCGGCCCGUGGUCUUCGAGCGUGUACUCCGUGCCCCGACCUCCUAUGCUAUUCCCGCCAAGCCUGCGUCUCCAGGCCCGCAAAUUGUUCUGCAUUGCCCCGCACUGCGCUGCAACCCGGACACACUCCGCCUGAGCCAGCUGCGUGCUGUGCUCGUGGCGGAUCACCUAGCGAGGACUCUAUGUGCUCAUGGAGUAUGUGUGUGCCCGGUGCCCUCGGUGCGGGACCCGCACAUGGCAACUUUCCUGCAGAAACUUCGGGUGGACUGGCCCGCUGCCUGGAAGAGCACUUCGACUGAAGCCCUGAGGACCUGUGUGCUUGCAGAACUUCAUUCUGAUUCUAAGGAGGAGACACCGCCACCUGGCGUCCUGGGCCGACUCUGUCUGAAGGAGCUCGUAGAACAGAAGCAUGCAGCUGGCUAUGACGCCAGCAUAGACAACUGUUUGGUGACUGAGGACCUGCUCUCUGUGUUGUCUGAGCUGCAGGAGGCUGUGCGCCAUCGGCCAGAGGACGGCUACCCAGGCCUGGAUGGGGAUCCAGACUCUGGUGUCAAUGGCUGCAUCGUUGUGCACGUGGUAAGCUGUGAGGAAGCCUUCCAGCAACAAAAGUUGGAUCUGCUUUGGCAAAAGUUGGAUGACCAGGCUCCUGACAAGCAGAAGCACCUGGUCUGUGGCCCAGUGAAAGUAGCUGGUGUAUCUGGCACUCUGAUGACUGCCCCUGAGUACUACAAGCUCAGAUAUGCUCAGGUGUGUAAGGCCUCAGCACUGAAGCAUGGUGGGGACCUGGCACAAGAUCCAGCCUGGACUGAGACCUUUGAUGUCCUCUCUGUGGCCACCAUCAAAUUUGAGAUGCUAAGCACAGCUCCACAGAACCAACUCCUCCUGGCCGACAGCACCAUCUCCACAAAGGGUACAAAAAGUGGCACUUUUGUCAUGUACAACUGUGCCCGCCUUGCCACACUCUUCGAGGGUUACCAACAUGGCAUGGAACAAGGUCUGUAUCCCACUUUCCCACCUGUGAGCAGUCUGGAUUUCUCACAGCUCCAUGAUGAGGGUGAGUGGCUGCUGCUUUUCAACAGUGUUCUUCCCUUCCUGGACCUGCUGAGCCAGACUGUGAGCCUGGCCAGCACCCCAGGGCUCCACACCCCUGUCCGUACAGAGAUGGUGUGCAAGUUCCUAGUGCAGCUCAGCAUGGAUUUCAGCUCAUACUAUAACCGAGUACACAUUCUAGGGGAACCUCGGCCACACCUCUUCGGUCAGAUGUUUGCCCGUCUACAGCUUCUGAGAGCAGUGCGUGAGGUCUUCCACACAGGCUUGGCUAUGCUGGGCCUCCCUCCGCUAAGCCGCAUCUAAGGCCCAAUAGCUGGGAAUGUUUACAAAAACAUCAACUGGGAAAAAGACAAAACUUCACAGAUGCUGGCCACUUAAAGCCAAAAUAAAUACAGUCCAUCCCAAUA